UUCGCAUUUCUCUUCUCUCUUAUAUAAUAUUCUCUUGUACGGAUCCUUAAGUUUUUUUCACCUCAACCAAUUCUAUGCAUUAUUUUUUAUCUGGCAAAAACUUAACUUUCAACUUCAUUUUUUAUAACAACAAUAAAAAAGCGUCGCGAAUUUACACAAAAUCUAGUGAUUAAAAAAAUAUAGAAGCAGAAACAGUGUGUGAUUAUAACAAAACGCGCGUGUAAUUUAUUCGAAAGCCUUAUAAAAAAAUAAAACUGUUGAAUUGCUAAAAAUCUGAAUUUUCAAAAUCUCCAUAUUUAUAUUUGAGUUCGUAUUUUUUUCGGCGACCGCUUCGACUAUUGAAAAACUCAGCAACUAAGUGCAAACCGUCGAGCGGCUGACUAUUGAAUCACGGAUUAAAAAUCGAUACGCAGUCGAAAGUUUUACGCAAAUUAUUAGUCAACACAACAGUGCAACAAUCAGAAAUUAAUAAACAAAAGCUAACAACGGAAGAAACACACACUUACACUUGAACAAGAACAAGAAGACACCAAACAAAGUAAGGAAAGAGAAAAAUUUUAAAGUUUUUUGAGUAAACUACUCAUAUACAUUUACAUUUAAGUAUGUGUGAAUAUGGAGACUCUAAUGAAAAAAAAAAAAUCAUUAAAAAGCAAUAAAAUUAAGCAAUUCCGAGGAUUAGUAAAUUAGAUGAAAAGCAAUAAAACAACGAAACAAUUAAGUAGACGAGGUUGCAGUAAUAAAAGCUAUAAAAUCCUCUGCAUAGAAGAUACAAAUAAAUGGCAUCGGUGUGGCAAGUGCUGAAAUGUGACAUGCUUGAAACGUGCAGAAGCAGCGAUAAACUGAACUUUAAAUUUAAAUAAAAGUGGCAUUGACCUAACUAACAGUCCAUCAAAUGUUUACUCCUUAGUUGUCUAACGCUAUUGAAUUUCGUCGAGCAAACUAUACAAAUAUUAAAUUAUAGAGCUAUUAAAACAACCCUAAGCAUUUACAGUUGUCAAAUAAUAAGUGGUGUUAAUAUAUUAUUUCUGCAACAACAAUAGAAUCCCUCGACUUACUUAGCUCGUUCGAAAUACUUACCUGACUAAAUACUCAGCUUGAAAAUCAACUAAAUUUUGUAUAUGAAAUAAUAAAAAAGGCGGUUAAAAAUUGAUUUCACCGUUUGCCUGGUUAUUCUCGAUUUUCUCCUUUUUUAAUACUACCAAACGCUUUACUCUGCUCCCGCCGCCAUAAAAUGCCUCGCUGUUUAAUGGCUAAGAAAUGGAAAGCAUAUCCUUGGCUCGAUCGUAUUGACGACACGCAAGCAGCCACAGGUGAGGCUACCGUAAAGGAAUCCCAGGAGCCUAAUGUAAACAUCGAAUUGGUGCCUAAGCAUAGUGUUGCACGUUCACCAAGUCCGAGCAACACACAACAAUACAGAAGAUCAUCAAAAUCGCGUCGUUCCACUAUAGAUGAUGAUGAGGAAAUCGAUGUGGUGGGGGAUAAUGCGGCAGCAGUAGCAGCUCUUGCUGGCGUGAUUGGUACAACUGUAGCAACAGCUACUGAAAUACAAAAUAACGGUAAAGCUGAUCUAUCAGUCCAACGCACAAUUCCGACAGCUGCAACAACCACUUCGAAUACGUCUGGCAGCAGCAGCAGCAUCGGACCAACACCCACGGCUACGUGCUGGGGUCCUUCAUCGCCGACGGCGGGUGCUACAGCUCCGAGUCCACCACCGCACUCACCCGAGGCGGCAACUCGAGGUGCAACAGCGCUGUAUAACGGUUUUGGACAUGACACUUCACCCAUGCACUACACAGCGUACCUGCCCAGAAUGGAAAACGGUGAAGUUACUGUAAUUACGAAUGCCGGUGCAGCCGUUGCGGCAACUGCUGCUGCUGCUGUCGUUACUGGCCAUCACAAUCUGCCGUUACCGCAUACGCCCCAUCAUUAUUCGUCAUUCGUACACACACCGCCGCCUUCGACCGCUUCUUCGCCCUCAGCAUCUCCGUCGAGUCAUUCCAGUUCGGUGACAGCGUCCAACAACAGCAGUAACGACCGCCUUAGUCCGCCCAUACGCAUUAAGUCAGAGUCGCAAAACGAUGACCAAUUUCAGCACAACAUUCAGACGAGUUCCGAGUCGAGCGCAUUGCGGAAUAAAUCGUUGGCUAUGUGCUUCACCAGCACUGGCGCUGCACUAUCGCUCCCUCCAAAAAAGAAGGACAUUUACCGGCCAUAUUCGCUUGAUGAUAGGCCAAGUGUGGAACGUUUGCGAUCCCCAUAUGAGAGUUUGCGUAUACCAGCUGAGGAGGAUUUGCAUGCUGCUCACGCAAUACUCGAUUUGAGUGCUUCCACAGCCUUCCAUCCGCCAACACAGCCACAUCAACUACAGCACGUCCAACAACUACAACAGCCACCCUCGCCGCCGCUACAACUCCACCAGUUGCACCAUCACCAGCAUCCGCUGCACCACGUAACUCACGCCAUUCAGUUGCAACAACAACAGGAAGUGGCACAUCACAAUGGACCAUCCAUUGCGGAUUUGGCAGCAGCAGCUAGUGUGGCAAACGAACAGCGGCCAAGGAGUACCGCUUCUAUAAAUAGUAUGUUGAGCGCAACUGAUAGUGACCGACAGCCAUGUUCGCCGGCAAGCAGCGUCCAAAAUGAAAACAGCAAUACAACCAACCAGCUGACAUCUAUCCAAUCGCCCACGGGUGGUUGUGGAAACAAUGGUUCAAAUAAGACCGUGGCCUAUACCUACGAAGCCUUUUUUGUAAGCGACGGUCGCUCGAAGCGCAAACAUGUAGCCGAUCCCGCGGCUAUAGUACAGCAAGAUCAGCAGAAGGCCAAAUAUACAUGUACCGAAUGCGGAAAACAGUAUGCCACGUCGAGUAACCUUUCUCGCCACAAACAGACACAUCGUUCACUCGAUUCGCAGUCGGCGAAAAAGUGCCACACCUGCGGCAAAGCGUACGUCUCGAUGCCGGCACUAGCGAUGCAUUUGCUUACGCAUAAACUAUCGCACAGCUGCGACGUUUGCGGCAAACUUUUUUCGCGCCCCUGGCUUCUACAGGGCCAUUUGCGUUCGCACACUGGUGAAAAGCCAUAUGGCUGCGCACACUGCGGCAAAGCAUUCGCAGACCGUUCUAACUUAAGAGCGCACAUGCAGACACACUCGAUCGAUAAAAAUUUCGAAUGCAAGCGCUGCCGUAAAACAUUCGCGCUCAAGUCGUACCUCAAUAAACAUUUAGAGUCCGCGUGCCUCAAAGACGAAGCGGACAUGCAGUUCGACAGCGCCAGUGAGUCCAGCAACGGCAUGGUGUCCCCACCACCCUCCCUAGAAGACUAUCCACUGACGCCGACGACGCCGCAGCAGCGACGAUACAUCAGCACUUCGCCAACACCUUCGGCGGUAAAGAUUGGCAGUAUAAGUGCGCUUACGAUACCAACGCCCGUAGCAGCAGCCGCGGCGGCAGCAGCUAAAAUUGUGAAGGUAGAAGCGACCUUCGUCGGCUAAAAUCAACAUUGAAAUGAAAAGAAGGAAAACAUAAAGCAGUUAAGUGGCCCUUUGGUGCAAUUGUAAGUAAUAGUUAAGAGCAAGCAGGUAGUUAAGAGUGGAAAAGUUCAGAAAGUUGAAGUGCAAAAGUUACGGUUUUGUUGCAAGCGAUUGUGUGGCAUAUCGAUGCGUAUACAAAGCUAGCUAAAAUCAUUGUAAAUUAACCCUUUUGGGGUUGGCAGAAUUACCAGUGACAGUAUGAAUAGAUUUAAAGCUAUUUAAUAUUAUAUUAAUUUAAUUUGUAAAAAAUUAGUUGCAAUUGUUAUAUAAUUAUUUUAUGUUCUUCAUUACUUAUUUUAGUAAAUAUCUGUACAAUUGACCACACGCUGAAUACACGAGACAUCACAAAACGUCCACAAAAUUAUUGUAAGAAUACUCGAUAAAUACAUUUACAAAAUGCAAAACAAAAUAUAUAAGGUUAAAGAAGUAGAAGUUAGUUUUAAAAAGAAUAGUAGACAACAUAGUCAUUAAGUAGUAGGAGUUUCACAAGGCAACAGCAUUUCUAAGCACCACUAAUAUAGCACACCAGCAGUGGAGUCUUAGCGUGUAAAUCUGAAGUAGGUAAAACACUAACUGCACUGGAACGUGCACACUCAUGCUCAUACUCAUACUCUAGAAAGCAUUGCAACUCUUUCAAUGGAAAUUUUUCAUUGUCAUACAUUGUCAAAUACAUUUGUACAAAGAAUAUUUAUAGUAAUGUUAAUAUAGUUAUGAUUAGCACUUUCCCACACUUCAUGAAUUGGAAACUAGAUUUUAUUAAUCAUCGAACUACGAGGAACUUCUAACACUGUUCCAUUGCAUACUUUAUUAAGUUAGACACAUAUACACAUACAUGCAUAUAUCAUCCAAAUGGUGGGGUUCGGUCCACUUAAAUCAUCAACCAACUGAAAAAUACCAAGUAUCCACACCAACCUAAGCAGAAGGUUGUUAAACAGUAAACGCAAUCGUGAUUUACAAAGCAACGAAUAUAAAAUUUUGAUGAAAACAAAGAGCAAUGUUUCGCAUACAACGAAUUAGGCUAUAAGAAUUGAAGGUUUUUACAAUUUUAAGCAGCCUAAGAAAUUUGCAAAUUUUAAUAGUAUACAUAAAAUUUUUAUAGACACACCAACAUUAGUAAAUAUAUUCCGCUAAUUAAGUAUAAUAUAAAACCGCAAGUCAUAAUCACAUCUACAUAGAAACAAGGAGCAAUAUUAAGAAACUGCGGAAGCACGGAAAAAUAACCACAACGAGCAAUAAAACUGUGUUAAGAUCAAAUUCGAAAAUUACGUGCAAAUACUCGCCUAAGUUAUAGUAAACUUUUGUAAUUACUUUAUCCAAAAAUUGUAAAGAAUUAUUAAAUUUUCAAAAACGCAAGGAACAAUUCCCGUGCCCCUUUCUGGGUGUUGGUGAGCAAAUGUCUAUAUGCAUAUGUAUGUGCACGUUCGAUUGUAUGUGUGCCCGAAAAUGCUAAUUUUAAAUCAUCAUUAGCCAUAAUUGUUAUUAGCAUCCACUAGCAUACACGCUGCUUGCAUACAUAACCAUAAUGGAGCUUUGAAGCACCCAAAUACUCACGAAAGUCCCACGUCCAGUCUGGUACGAGUAAAAGGACAAUCGGUGGUUAUUCCACACGCAUACAAGCGACAGUUUUGUAGCUCUGCCAUAAAGCAUAUUUGUAACACGUUGUUAGCAAUGCUUUAGCUUUUAAAAUCGCCACACACAAAAAUAUCAACAACAACAGCAGCAACAAUUACAAGGGAGUGGGAAUUCGAUGUAGGAAAAUGUUAACAACAAAAAUGUAGCCAUACGUGCAACAGACGUUUUUUCGCUAUUAAUUCGCAACGUACAAUAAAGAAAAAUAUUCUUUCGCCCAUAGAAUGUGGCCAACACUGUCCACAAGCCGAAAAAAAAAUCACACACACACAAAUUGGGAGAAGGAAAGCGCUAUCAACGCUACUCUUUUAAUGUCGAAACAGAUUUACUUAAUUGGCAGCGCUGUCUAAUUUGCAUUUGUGAGCGUGACAAAGCGAGCAGAGGCGUGGUUGGUUGGUUAAGUAUUCAAAUGGUGGAAAGCGAGGUGCUUAGUACGAAACCAUUAAGCGCACACUCAAGCUCGUACUCACAUUCGUAUAUAUGUAUGAUUGUGAUCUUGUAUGUGUGUUCGUAGACGUACAUACAUAUGUGCACAGGUAUGUAUAAACACACACAUAGAGGAUUGAGAUUUUAAGGCGGAUUGGUUUCCCACCUGAAACACCACUAUUGCCGUUGAUUCUCCAACCAACGCAAACCGAUGCGCCUUACUUUAUGCAAAGUACCAAGUAACUUAUAAAUUUCGUGCUAAUUAAAUAUGUAGUAUUACAUGUUUCCCUCCACUUUCUCGUGUUAGUUUCGUAGUUAUUUUUGAAGUGGCAGUGAAGAUAUGUGAUUGUUCCUUUUUGUUUGUAGAUAUCUCAGUUCUUGAUUUGCCUUUAGUCAGGAUUUGGAAAAAUUUUCUAGUCAAUUACCAAAACAUAUUAGUAGGUUGAACUACCACGAAAGAGAUAACGUUCAAUAAUAAGGAUCCCCCUUUACUUAAAAUAUUUAUAUGUACAUUAAGUUUAGUGACAUUAACUUAGUAGUGUAACCUCUAGUCGCUGUUUAACAGCAUUUCCCACUUACUUUUCUUUUUAGCAUAAUUUUGUUUGUUUACUCUUGCAAUUAUUGCCUAUUGUAGUAAUAAAAAACUCAGUUUUCCUCGUUCAUAAAUUAUUAAUCUUAUUCUAUAGUAUUUAUAAGUAGAAUUUCCCUGAUGUCAAUUUAAAAUAAAAAAUAAAAACGUAUACUCUUCAACUUACCUAACCAGACAUUGGUCAUUUAGGAUAUAGUUUGUGAAAAUAAUAAGAAUUGUAGGUUAGGUUGCAGCUUAAUUGCUGUGAGUAUAUAUGUAUGAUACAUUCAUUUGUGGGGUAUAGUUUCUACCUUUCGAAAAUUCAGUUUCCUUCGCCCUUCCCUUUUUCUUCGUUUUCUAAUCAAUUCUAGACCACUAUACUCUCACACAUAUGUACACAUAUGCAUAUAUCUAUUACGCAUACUGAUAUACGUGUACGUAAUUCAAAAUUUGAUACACAAAAAUACGAUUUUCGUUCUAUUUCUCCUAAUUUUUAUUUUCCACAUUUGUUUGCUUGGCAACCACAACAAGUCAUUCGGUGAAUGUUUAGUUGAAUACAAAUCAGCACAGUGCUCUGCGUGUAGCUUGUAUGUGUGUGAACCAACAAAAUGGGAUAAAGGUGCAAUAAAUUAGUUAACUAUUAGAAAAUAUGAAGCAAAAUACAAAUUGAAUAAAAAAUUGUAUCUAAAAACAACUAGUAACUUAAUUGGCAACGAAAUUUUGGAAUAUAUUUUCUCCCGAUUAAGAAUAUAAGUAAUUAAGGCAAUUCGUUCAUUUCUAAGCGAACGUUAGACAUCAUCAUAUGCGCCAACAUUCUACAGCUAAGCAAAUGUUCUCUACCUUCCUCUUAUUUACGUCUGUUUACUUGAACAUCAAACUACAACAAAAUCAAUUAAAUGAAUCAAUUAAGAAAACGUAUAGCAAUUAAUCAAUCUAUGCAAUCAUAACCCUGAAAUCUUAGGCUCGAAGGAACCCAACUAAAAUUAAUCAUAAAAUUACCUUGAGCACUAAAACUUCGCUAGCACCUUUUGCAUCUAUUGGAAUAUUUGCGUAGGAGUUCAAAUUUCCAUACAUACAUAUACGCAUAUACCCAUACAUACAUAUGUAACUAAUUGCUUAGGCCCCUAGCUCUUGUAAAUUUCUCUGCGGAGUUGUCUUCGAACACACAGUCUCCAAGUGUUAACUCUGUACCCAUUUGACUCCUAAAUUUUAUGUUCUUGUACAAAAAUUGUGUCAAUUACUACCAAAGCGAAUAAAAAAAGCCUACAAACAAAAAUAUUUAGCGCAUAUGUGUGCGUUUGUAUAAAUAUAUAUAUUUAAAAAAUGUGUAUAUAAUUUGCCGCUUGUGGGCGAGUUAUAUAUUGUAAAAUAAGUUUUAAUUAUAAAUAUUAGGCCACUUGUCUCCUUUCUUUCCAAACUCCACUUAAGGCUUUCUUUUUAUUUAGUAUGCAUCCUUUCCAUUGGUAGCGUUAGGCUCUGCGUGACAUUUUUACUAAUUACAGUAUUUAUGCAAUAAUCUUGGUUGAUUUGAGUAAUUUAAAGUUCUAAUGAUUUUGCCGUAAGGUAUUUUGUAAAAUAUUUAUUACAUUUUUAAAUAGCCAUUAUGUACCAACAUGUGUACUUGUAAAAAACUAUCGUCACACAAACUUAUAUAAAUAAAUUUUAUGUUCAACAAUGCUUUUUGAAGAACGAUAACCAGUUUUGCGUUUUGCGAAUACUUAUCGGGCCCCUUAAGCAACUCAUUCAGCAUUUAAUCGAGUGUUCUCUAGUCACUAGAACCUAGCGUACUGCUAAAACAAAAACGAAAAAUAGGACCAAUAUAAGCUAGAAGUAAAAAGUGUUGUGUAGAGUUUGAGGAGCCUUCUAGGAAGGCACCAAUUCAGAUUGGUUCUAGAUUGAAUCCUUGUCUCAAUCGCACAAUACCACAUCUCAACGCCCUCUUGUUUGUUUUGAGAGUAAAAACUCUAUCCAUGGAAUAAUUUCACUCCUUAUUUUCAAAGUCGAAUUGUAAAUAUAUGAUUAUAGUUGAUGACAAAGGAAAUAUAUAUAAAUAAAUAGUAGGAACAUAUAUGAAACCGACAAAUAACUAAAUAUUUAGAACAAAGCAAAAUCAGCUUCAUAGCAGAUCUCAAAAGAAGUUAAGAAGUUUAGGGUUAAACACACUAAUAUUAUAUUUGCAGUUAAGAAUCCAAAGGCAAAAGCAUACUUAAUAAAAUGGAAUACGAAAUUUGAAAUUAAUACUCGUAUUUUGGGUAAUAAAUUUAAAGUAAAAAAGUUCUAUUAGAAGAAAUGUAUAUAUUGUAGUAUAAAGCAUCAUUAUGCAUAAUAAGUUGUAAUAAAAUUUUGUGCAAAGUCAAUACAAAACCUUUUAAUAGCAUUACAAGAAAACCUAAGUUAGCAAAGCUUCUUGCCUGUGCGAUCUGAGUUGUUACUUGGGAGGUAUGGGCAAAGGCUUAGCAAAGCCAUCGGCUAAAGUACCAAAGCAAUACUCAAUUUUUUGAUAAUACGACAUUUUACUUAUUAUUAAUUAACAUAAAAUGUCAGUAUCAUAAUAUAGUGUCGUUGAGGAGAGGUUUUGUUAUAACAAUUUUUGCUCAUUUAUUUAAGACUUAUUUCUGUGUACAAAUCAUUUGAAGUUAUUUGCAAAUUACAGUAUUCAUAUACAUACAAAACUUAUAUUGUUAAACUAUGAGAC